UUUAAAAUUAAAUAGUAUAUAUAUAAAAAAAAGGUCUUAUUCAGCAGUGAAUUAAAAGUGGACUUAGUGAAAAUUAAACAGCAAGUGUUAUUUUAAACAAAAUAACAUCAAUGCACUAUGGUUAAUCCUAGUUUAGCGUAUGAGAUUCUUUUGUAUAUAAAUUCAUUUUAUUUUGGACUCUUCUCAACAUGUGAACUGGGCGCCCUUGUACUGAAGUCUUUCCUUAUUAGUGGAAAUUAUAAAAUUGUUGAACAGGGUUAUAUAUUGAUUGGAAGAGAUUAUGGUGUGCUCAUUGGAUUAUUUAUUGUGGAAGCAGCCAGAUUGUUUCUUGGAAGGAAGGGUAGUCUUAGCGAAAAAGAUCCUCCAGUAAUGUUUUCAGUGUUCCUCACACUACCUUCUAUUGGUGGGGUGCUAUUUCUCCUGCAUUGGCAACAAGUAGUACUUCGGAUUGAGUAUAUAUGGUGUACCUUGAUGCUGUUAUUGCAGUUAGCAGAGUUUGUGUUUGCGUGUAUGUUCAUAGUCACCAUGUGUCGAGGCCCCUCUUAUGACUGAGUAACUGAUCAAACUAUACACUAGAGAGACGAAUCAAGGAUAUGACCUAAAACUACAUGUAGGUAUUGUAAUUUGUUAUUAAACAGAUUAGAUAGUUUAGAUCAGCAUUGUGAGCAAAUAUUGAGUGGGCCCUGAAAUGACUACAGAAUCUGAGUAAUACAAAUAAUAUUCUUAGUCUUUUUAGGACAGCCAAGAGGUGGGUCCUAAAUUUGGCAGUUUUUGUUAAACCCUCUAACCCACCAGUCAACUCAAAACCCAGUCAACUUGGGAACCACUAGUUUAGAUACCUAUUACCUGCAUACUUCACAAUACUCCACAAUUGUAUGAGAAGCAUCUAGAGUUCUAUCAGCAGUAGUUGAAGAGUUUUUAUAAGUAAGUAAUUUAUACAACCAUUUAAAUAUUUUUAUUAUACAGCUUGACUAUAAAUUGUCUGUCUUUUCUAUAGUUUUUUUUUUAUAUUGUGUAGUCUAGACACAAAGGGAAGUGCAAAAACAUUGAAGUAUAUUUGAAGCAAAGCUCAGACAUAAAGAACUUCCAUAAUAUAUACAUAAAAUGUUUGCAUACUAUUUACAUAACACUGCAAUUUUUCUUAAAUACUUAUUAUUCUUUGUUAAAUUAUUAUCUUAAUAUUUAAUUAUGUUUUUAUAAGAAUCUAUACUUAUCUCUAAAAAUAUUUGUAAAAUCUUUUAUUUGCCAAACGGAAUUUGUUAUUAGGAGAGUCCCCACAGAGCGAGCAUACGCGCGAGGCAUUUUCCUCACGCACAAACCGGCCAGUGUAGACGUGCCUCGGCCGGGGCGGCGCGCUCGGGCGAGGAAGGAAAACGCACGCGCCGCCUCGGCCGAGCGAGGCACGUCUACACUGGCCGGUUUGUGCGUGAGGAAAUUGCCUCGCACGUACGUGCUCGCUCGCUCGCUCUGUGUGGACCCGCCUAUUCAAUUUACAUAACUUUUUAUGUACAGUAUGUUUUUUAUGUACUUACGGAGGAUGAAGAUGAAAGAAACAGGGGCUUACAAUGUGCUAACAUUUGUAAAUCUUUAUCUUGAAAAGAUCACAUAGUGUGUUUGUACCUAUAGUGUGCUAUUUUAAUAUUAUGCAUUUGAUGUAAAAAAAAAAAUGUCUAUAGCAGUUUUUACUGUAAGUUCCUCAGUGUGUAACCUUUUUAUGCUCUUAUCUUCUGUUUUAAUGAGUGAAGUUAACUUUGUGCCACUAGAUGUCGCCAAUCACUAUGGUUUAGAUGGGUAUUUUAUUUAACCCAGAAGGUAAAUGUAUACUGGGCUGGACUGAGGUCUGUAGGUUGUCAACUAUACCGUUAGGCAAGCCAGGUCAAAUAUUGACUUGUUAUAAUCUUCGAAACUUGUAGUAUAAGGUGCAUUUAGUCUUGAGUAUGCAGCAAGGUCGGCUGUAUGUCGCCUUUUUUUAUACUAUGUCGGUGGAAAACAAGCAUACGGCCCGCCUAAUGAUAAGAAAUCACAUUCCCAUACAAACAGAGUUUCAAUCUCAUUUUAAAACUGUGUUAGAUUGUAAUGAAACUUUAUCUGUGAAACUAUAUCUAUGCCUCUAAUUUGUUUAUAUAGCUCCAUCUUAUAAAACAAAUGAAAUAGAGAAAAACUAUUUUGUAUGAAAAACUUAAUACACUGUAUCUUUUUAACUAUGGUAUCUGGAGCUACAUAAACUAAUUACAGGCAUAGAUAUACCUUAUCCUAUUGUAAGUACAAAGUUUCAGAGCAAUCUAGCUAGUUGUUUUAAAAUGAGAGUGUAAGUAUGUUUGUAUGGAGAACCAAGCUUGCUGCGGACUCUUAAAUUAACUGGUGGGUUUAAAGUUGUAUUGUGGUCUCUAGUCCAAAUAAUAAUGAUGCAUAGCCUGAAGAGGCGACUUUAGGCCUUAUGUGAUCCAGGCCAAAAGUAACGAAGUGAUAUUGUGGCCUUUUGGUAGAAAUUAUACACCUAUUCAAGUAUUGCUAUUUAUCAAUACCUUCCAUUGUGUAUUAGAUUUUUAUUAUACCAAAGAUUUAUCAAAGGAGAUUGCCCUCUUAUUAAGAUAUUGUGUGUGUAUUUACAUAAACCUAGUCACCUAGCACUUAAAUUUAAAAAAUUAAAUAUAAAUUUUUUAUAUUUAUUAUAUUAAUACAUCUGGUUGUGUUUACUUCCAGUAUUAAUUUUUUCUGGUGUUUUCAAUGAUGUAUUUAUAAUAUUUUUAUAAUCGUCUAGUCCAUUGAUGUAAGAUAAAUUAUGUAUUUUAAACAAAAUCAAAUUAGUGCAAAAUAUUUACAUCUACAAAUUUGAAACUAUAAUAUUAAAUAUAUAAUCAUGCAUUGUGAGAAAUAAAAAUAUAGUGAAA